AUGGUCUCUGGAUCUUUGAAAGAUCGAAUUGCUAAAUUCAACAACACGACUGCGCCACCUCCCAUCCCAAAAGCUCAUUUUUCGCAUUCGCAACCCUCUAACCGAGGUGGUUUAGUUGGAAACAGAAUCCCAAGUUUAGAUCCCAAGACAGCAGGCAUGAUCAAUUCUGGAGGCUCGGGUGGUAAUAGGAGGAUAUCAGAGAAUCGAGGCCUAAUCGGAAAUAGGAUCCCAAGUAUGGGGAGUAAUGGGAAUAUAGCUUUAGCAGGUCAAUCGACUGGUUCUUCAAAUCUUGGUGUAAUACCUUCUCCUACAGGUACAAGUACAGGAACAUCAAUCAUACCUAAGGUGACUACCUCUACAGAAGGUACUGGCACUACCAGCGUUGGUACGGUAGCAAGAUCAUCGAGUCCUUCAGGAUCAAUCAAUUCAAGUGCAGCAACUGUAGAAUCAUCAACUUCACCCAUCACAUCAAGAUCAUCUUCCCCUCCUACUUCACCAGGUGCCGGAGUUCCAAACUCUUGGUUAUCAGCCACUCUACCCUCCUUGGAAGAAGGUGGUCCAGGUGCAGCUACACCUUCAUCGACGAGGGCCGAUGCCGGAGAUGCAGUUUCGGAACUCUCACUCUCUGCUCCACCAACUCCGACUGCUACUGGAACUCCUCCUCUUCCAGCACCCGAAUAUGACCUCGUAGCGCCAAACCUCAAAUUAGCUACAGCCAACGCUGCGGCAGUGGCAGUCAACCCAAUGGUGAGAGGUUUAUCGGCUCAAUCGGGUGCUGGAAAUACGUUUGCACCAAGUAUAUCGUCAUCCCUUGCCACCCAAUCAAGAGGCAGUGAGGAAGAGACUCAAAUGAUGCAAGAUGUCAGCGGGGUUUCAACCCCAAUUGGAACACCUCGAGCAGCCAGAAGAGAGCUUGGCGAAGGGAGUGUUAUGGGUGAAGGGAGUGUUAUGGGUGAAGGGAGUGUUAUGGGUGACAAUGAUGUGGAAGACCUGAGCAGUAGGUUAGAAGGAUUGGGGGUGAAUAGAGGUCAAAAAGAAGAAACAGAGCAUACAGCCGGACCUCCAGAAGAGAAUUUGUCUCCUCGUGAAGAGGAUGAUACCUCAAGCGAUAUUGCUGAACCAUCUGCAUCCCUUCAAGAAGACCUUGAAACUCCCACACCUAUGCCUGGCGAUGAAGCGGACCCCAACAAAGCUUCGGAUCUCGAAGCACUAAAAGCAGGGAAGCUAUCACCUUCUCCAGAACAAGGCCUAACCAAAGGGGACCUGAUAUCUGAGAGUCAACCUGAUACAUUCCAUUCUUCCGAAAAGCAUGAUCCCAACUCAGCUGUUGAUCUUGACGAUCUCAAAGCUGGAAAUCUCGGUUCAGCCGCUAGAUUCAAACCCAAAUCCCAAAACGGCCCGCAACAAGAUAUUGCUCAAGACGUAGGCUUGGAUCUACCUGCAAAUGCAAUGGUCGGUGAUGCAUUUACCCAUAACCUAGGGGAACAUGAGAUAUCUCCGUCAGAAGUAAAAGUACAAGGAGGAGAAGCUGGAAAGACUUUGGAGGAAUAUGAAACUGCCGAUGAAAUCGUUGAACCUGGAGAAGAGUUCAAUGAAGGUCAAAAAGAUGCACCUCGUCAACAACCUGUUGUGGUCGGACCCGGUGAACCAGAAGCUAAAGAAGGUGGUCAUCGUGGUACCACAGGAAGUACACAAUGGUUUGAAGAUGAACACAGACCGCAAGAUCAAGAAGGAUCGGAGCAGAAUCGUGAAGAUCGCGACUUACAGAAUCCUACCUGGAAAGGAGAUGAUAGUAAGACUGCGAAGGAUGAUCCUUAUAAACCAGAAGAAAAGCCUCCUACCCUACAAGAAGCCGCCAGACCUAUCGGUGAUGUGGUGAAGGAUGAUAGAGAAAAGGCGAACGCGGGAGAUCAUGAUGGACAGGUUCAAUCGAACGAUAAACCUACGCAAGACGUGGAAACAGAUGGGCCAGAAAGCAGAGACGAUCGCACGCCAGACGUCGAUCCUCUUGAAGUAGAUUCAACUGCUACUGAAAACGUUGCUACCGAGCCCACCCGACCGACCGAGAUCGAAGUCCCAAUAACUCCAGUCCCUGUUGAGGCAAACGGCAACUUCGAAUCUGACGUCAAGACUCCUAAAGAAGAGAAGAUGCAGUCUCCCACGACACAUGGAGAUGUUGACACUACACCGAGUGCCGAAGAGUUGGAGCUCAAAGUUGAUCAACCUGCAGUGUUAGCUGUCGGCGCCGAGGUGAACAAAGAAGAGAUUAUAGCAUCCCCUUCUGGACCUGUUCAGCUUCACCUGGAACCGGCACCUGUCUCUCAACCUGCGUCAGCCGAAGAACCUUUCUACACCGCUAAAGAGGCCAUUGACGAAGACAAAACACCUGAAGCCACAUCUGAACGUCAAGCACCUUCGUUCCCCGAUCCACCAACAGCUGAUCCCGACGUGGAGGACCCUAUUACUACACCAAUCGGCCUGGAUUUACCUGCUAGUAAGGACAAUCUUCAAGGAGCUGCAAGCAAUGUCACUACGCCGAUCGAUGAGACAUUCCUGAAGUCCUUCCCAACUGUACCUGAUGAAGAGAAACCCAGAGUCGAGGUACAUGUAUCAUCUCCUGCUGUCACACCUCAGAAGCCAACUUUCACACCUAAAACCCAUGACGAUCAAGAUGAUGCCGAAAACGAAAUAAGUAUCCCCAGAGAUUAUCCCACCACUCCAGUCGCAAAUAUUCCUGGCAAAAGCAAGUCGCUUUCGAAUCCCAGGUUGUCAGUCGAUCAAAGUCAGACCGAGGAUUACUCAUCUUCAUCUCUAGAUAAUGAUGAUGGAGAGGAUAUAGAUGCUACACCACAAGCUACUAGACCUUCAUCCAAAAGACUGUCAGCUAGACGAAGUCCAAAAUCUCCUCUAUUAGACGAUGAAGAUCCAGGUGAUUUCGAACAGGGAGAGGGAUGGGCUGUAGUAACAAAGUGA